GUACACAGGUAGCCACCAAAACUGGCAGCGUAUCGACAAAUCUUGUCAGUAUCAUACCUGGAUAAUUCACAAUACAGAAACAAAAUGGCUGUUAACAAUGUUUGUAUCAUUUGGCUAGGUUUAUUUCUUGGAUUAUUAGAUGUUUCUACCGCUCUGGUGAAAACGAACAUAUCAGUGGUAUCUAUCAAGCACGCUCCGUAUCUGUACACGACUGAUGAUGGAGAAUAUACUGGAUAUAUCCCUGACAUAUUGGACCAUUUGGCACAGGUGGUCGGCUUUAAUUACACCUUAUACGAAAGCCCUGAUAGAAAGUAUGGUACACUGGUCAACGGCACAUGGUCUGGAAUGAUGAAAGAAAUUGAAGAUGGUAUAGCGGACUUGGGAGGUCUUAUGACAGUUACUUAUACGCGAUCUCAAUUUGUGGAAUUUUCAUAUCCGGUUGAAUACCUUGGACCAGCGAUAGUUAUGAAGAGACCAGAUAGGGACCGACCAUCUUUACAAGAAAAUCUAGCUAAGCUUCUUGCGCCACUCGAGUUCUCUGUAUGGCUGAUGUCUAUUCUUGCUCUCCUGGUCACCGGCACCGUUUUGUAUAUCAUAUCACAUUUCAACCCAUAUGAGUGGAGAAGAAUGUCGAAAGAUCGGGAAGCAACUAUAAGGGAAGCAGAGUCCUUCACGUGUCUCAAUUCAUUCUUCUUUGUUGUUAGCACUCUCAUGUGGCAAGGUUAUGUCCGUGCGCCACGGUCUGUCGGUGCACGUGUUGUGGUCGUAUCAUGGUGGUCUUUUACUGUUGUCCUCCUGUUGUCUUACACUGCCAGUCUUACAAACUAUCUCGGUGCAACACCAGAGCCAUUUGCUGUCCAGGGAUAUUCGAAAAUUAGAAGUUUUAGAGACCUGGCAGCUAACAAAGAGAUAAGGAUUGGAGUAAUUCCAACUGGGGCAACCGAGGCCAGAUAUAGAGAUUCCAAAUCGGAUACUGACAUAAAAAUCUACGAGAAAAUUGUAAAAGACAGGCAGUAUCAAAAUGAAUCCGGACACAUUCCAGCUAAUGUAGAGGAGUUGGAAACCUAUUUACGACAAAGGACAUAUUCCGACUAUGCUCUGCUUCUAGAGUCUCCAACAGCUAAAUUUAUUGCAAACAAAAAACCAUGUGAUCUUUACAUGAUAAGUGGUGGAAUUAUAACAAGUCAUCAAGCUUUUGCUAUGGCGAAGGGGUCUACUUUGAGAGGACCGAUAGAUCUAGCGUUGAUGAAGCUUCAUCAGUCUGGGGAACUUGCAGCUAUAGAACAAAGAUGGUUUGGCUCACUAUGUAAAGAAUCAGUAUAUCAAGUAGAUGAAAGCAUACAUGCUGAGAUGCCGGAAUUUAAUCCUCUUGAUCUAGGAACAUUUUCAUCAGCGCUGCUUAUCAUCGUAGCUGGCAUUGUUCUUGGUGGAUUUAUUUCUAUAAUUGAAAUAUGUAUCUACAAGUGGGCAGAAACUCGCGUUGACGACGAGGAUGAAGUGGAACCGAUCAGCAGCAACCGUAACAGCAAAAUUUAUGAACCGGAAACAGGAGAUCGUCUGCUUAACCAAGAUAGCAAACGGGGCGGAGCAACACAAGUGUAGAAAUUAUAUGGCGCC